AUGGCGGAAGGGUACGAGCAGAAUCGAGACUUGGUGGAGGCUCUCUGCUGCUACAAGUCAGCAUUGACCUGGAACAAAGACGACGAGACAAACCUUCUCCCGGAUGAUUACAAGAAGAAGGCUGCUGAUAGACUUGCGCUCGUUGCCAAGGAGUUGAAAUUCAGCCAGGAUUGGCAGUCUGAUGACAGGAAGACCAAGGAUCUCCGGCCUGCGAGCAUUCUCAAGCUGAUUCAAUCGAAAGUUCAUGCCAAGGAAGCGGUGCAAGCUUACCUUCGCUGCGAAGACUUCAGGAUGUCGACCAAUGCCAAGUUUCACCUUGAUUUCGGGACAGCCUGCAAAGAAUACCCAGAGCAUCGCGAUGUUGCCAUGCAAGCGCUUGAGAUCGCCUCAGAGGACAGCGAUAUGGAGGCUGCUGCUCGGCACGGGCAGGCAGACAUACAGUAUGAUCGUCACCAGUACGACGCGGCCGAGCAGCUUUAUGCCAGGGCUUACGAGAAGGAUCCCAGCAAUGCGCUUGCAUGCUCCGGCAUGGCGAACUGCGAGAAAGACAAGGGAAAUUUGGAGGAAGCGAUCAGAUUAUACAAAGAGGCAGCUUCUGUCUCUCCUGGAGAUCCGACCUUCGCCUUCAACCUGGCUCAAGCAUAUGAGUACGUUCAGAAAUAUGAAGCAGCUUUGAACACUCUGCAAGACUUUUGCGCGACAGUGAAGGAGAGCGAACUCACGACAAUCAACCAUUUUGCUGUCUACAUUCUGUUUGCCAAGCUUGUCUUUGUCGCUGGUCAACCCUUUUGGCAAGAGAAGCUCGUUCUUCUCCUCUCACAGAUCAACAACUUCCCUGACGUUGUGAAGAGAGCUCUGCAGGGGCUGACAACCCAUUGGGCUUAUUUCUUCUUCAUUUCCAAAUUAAUGUUAUCGAUGGAAAACUGUCCUCCUCCCGAGACGACAGGCUGCAAGCCGCUCUUUCUGGUCGGAGACAGUCACGUCCUUUCAGGCGCAUGGGGAAGAAUCAAAUUGAAGAAAACCUCUCACUACAUCUUCCCAAAGCUCGUCACGGGGCUGAAGGCUUGGCACCUUCGAGAAGGACACCAAUUCCUCACCGUUGCAAACCUGCACGAAUGCAUGAAGAGCUUGCCGGCAGAUGCCAAGGAGAUCGUCUUUGUCUGUGGGGAGAUCGACUGCCGUGAGGGUAUCCCAGGAGCCGUCAUGAAGCGCAAGUACGAGUCGAUGCAGAAGGCUGUGGAGGAGACUGUGCAAAUUUUCGAUAAGGCCGUGAAGUACCUUUCGAAGAGGUUCUCCGUGAAAAUGUUUGUGCUUUCCGUGUGCCCGCCGUCGAAUCCGCAGCACAAAGAUCGUAUUGAGGCAACCAAUCUCUUCAACAAGAAGCUGAAGGAAGUCUAUGGCCCAAAGGGAACGUACAUCGACAUUAGCAACGACGUAACGACCAGCGAAGGGGUGUUGAAAUCUGACUUUGUUUGCGACGGAACUCACAUGAAUCGGGGGAUACUAAAGGUACUCGAGAAGCAGUUCAACAGCUGCCUCAAGACUUCGAGCGAUUGA